AUGAGCUCGUGGGACGACGACGACCACCCCGUCUUUCACACGAACGACUGGCAAAAGCAGACCACAGAAGACCAACCGCAGCAACAGCAGCCGAUAGAAGGGUCCAAGCGACCCGGCAAGAAGAGCAAGAAGAAGCAGAAGGCGCCGCGUGGCAACGAUGUUGAGAAUCUGUUCGAUGAGAGGGAAACAGAGGCGGUACGAGAGGAGCGGGAGGAUGCUGCGGUGACUGCACUGCCACCCGUGAGCAGUGCGGAUGUGGAGGAGGAGAGGGGUGUUGAAUGGAGAGAGGAUGACUUUCCACCUGAUCGACUGGCUUUGACGCCUGACAUACCACCAGCCAAGCAAUCCACCUCUCCACAACCUGUUCACGCCAAACCCAGACAAAUCUCCAAGAGCUCCCCGACCUACGGCUACUCCAACGGCGCUGCAAAUCCCCACGCAUUCGCCCCGACAAUGUCAAAGCGAGUUUCCUAUACUUCUUCACCGCCGAACUUCAUCGAGCCCAAAGCUCCUCCGCAUAUGCCACAGCCGCAUUUCUACGGGUCGCCGAUUUUGAAUCUCGACGAUGAGUUCAAAAAAUUGCACCACGACCCUCCCAUCGCCGGCUCGAAUGGGUAUUGUUGCUGUCUGGACUCUCUCGCGGACGCGGGCGAUGGGGUAUCGGCGAAGAAGGCCAGGGAUGCUCUACUCGUUGGCUCUGAAGGUGGCCUGGAAGUCUUUCGUGUGCUGCCCAACAAGGUCGAGGUGGUAGGGCGGCUGGAAGGUCUUCGUGGCAGUGUCAUUGGGGCGAAAAUCCUACCUCAUGUCUCUGUUCAUGAUAGCCUGGAGCAACUCCGCCCACUUGUGGCAGUGAUUCUUCACGGCGCUGCAGAAGGAGCGAGUCACUCAGCUGUUUUCUACCAGACUACGGUUGAGGUGUAUUCGCUUCAAACGCAGGAACGUGUCGCUACGCUCUAUCAGACCGUUGCUGUCGAGGUGCCCCAACCCACUGUCGGCCAUUUGACCACCCUGCCGGAACCGGUUGAGGAUUUACGACUGACGGCUUGCGGUAGCUUUGUUCUCCUGGCAUCAGGCAAAAGCGGUGAGGUGUUUGUCUUUUCAACCGCCACCACCGAUAAUUCUGGCGAUGGCGAGUUUCGUUGCAUCGGCAAGUUCUGGACCUCUUUGCAAUCAUCUUCCGAUCAGGGUUCGUCAAGACCGCCGAGCUCCGGCGAUGCAAAACAGCCGACUGGAUCGGAAACGGAGCUACGUCGAUUGCCUCUGCUCAGUCUAAGCCCACGGUGGCUUGCUCUGGUCCCUCCGCCCAGCGCUUCCCACGUUUCGAUCCAAGGCUCGCCACUGCUCUCAGAGGAUGGCUACAGUCCUCCAGGCUUGGCAUCUGCUGUCGCCCCUCCCCAGCCACAUGUAUCGUGUGAGACGGUAGGCACCGAUCCGGAAGAUGCCUGGAGCCGUUUGACUCGUCAGGCUGCGCAGGGUGUCGUCAAGUACUCCCAGAAAGGUAUUGAUCUUGGCCUGCAAGGCUGGAGGGAGCUCACGAACCCUGCACCCCUGCCGGAUCAGCGAGCCCCCGGAAAAGAGCAGGGUGCAUUCUUCCCGCCUACCAAGGCCCCUCCACACGACCCUCAGCGGACUGAGAAGGAUCCCUCUAUUGUCGCUAUUGUCGACUUGCAGGCUCUGCUUGAAGCUCAAGAAGCCAAGGCAAAACAGCCACCAACACCAGUUGCUUCUUUCGCUUUACCCGAAGGCUGCAAUUUUCUGGCUUUUUCGCGGAGUGGACUGCGUCUUCUCACUGUCAGCCGCAAAGGCGAGACAUAUUGCAUUUGGGAUCUGACACGAUCAUGCCACGGCAUACACAGAAGCGAUGGCAGUGCUGGGAUGGGUCCGUCAGUCCGACUGAUCCACAGUAUCCCUCGCAGCAGCCCAUCGGUGGUGGUCGACUCUGCAUGGUCGCGGAAUGACGACUACCUGGCGCUUCUCACAAUGCACGGCACCGUACAUCUACACGAGAUUGUGGAGCGCCCAUCAUUUCGCCGACGAAAGCGCCGAUCUACAGCCAGUGCAUAUGGGGCAGAGAAAGCCGAAGCGACAGUGAGUGUAUCCCAAGGUGCUUCGCCACCGAGCAGCAACGCCGGCUUCUUCGGGAGCGUGAGAUCAACAUGGCAGCAAGUCAGCACGCAAGUGGGAAGCAUGAGCGGCAGUGGAGUAAGAUCUUCAUCCGGCUUCGGCAUUCCGCGAUCUUUCGCAGGUUUCAGGGAUGCCACGGCGAGUGUCGGCCAUGCCGGCGGUCGCGUGAUAGCCAAAGGCCUGAGCCACGGCUUCAGCGCGGCGAAAGAUGGCGCAAGCGACUACUGGCAUUCCGAAGAUAACAAGAUCCGCCACAAAGCGCUGCUCAAGGCACAGCCGGCUUCUCUCAAGUGGCUGAAGCGGCAAAGCGAUCUCUACCUCGCCGUCGUCUGUGGUGGAGCAGUGCAUCUGCACCCCGUCACGCGGCUGCAACGUAGCAAGGGACAGGAGAGCGUGACUGCACUGAAACAUGACAAGUACGGGCACAAGAAGUUCGAGCUGCCUCCUAUCCGUACUCGCGCGAGUGCGGAAGUCAAGAAUGGUGCGCUCCAGGCGCGACAUGAUGUCCCACACGGCUUCUGGAGUCUGCGGCGUCCCCCAGCAGAUAUCGCGGACGAUACUCCAUGGCGAAAGUGUAUUCCUCCGCCGUCCACGCAGGUGAACGACGUCGAGACAAAUCCCCCAUACUGCCCGUUCCACAUCGACCCACGGGUAGACAUAUACGUCUACGACGAAAACCAAGCCGACUCUCCCCAACCAUCCACCUUCUCCAACGCCCUAGGCCACGGCCAAGUGCCGAAGAAAAAGCCCAGCUCCCCCUGGCUCUUCGGCGAGCCCCUCCCCUCCGCCACGAAGAUGAACUUGCACGACAAUACGCUGCAGGCCGUGCGCCGCGAUUUCGAGCUGGACAGUGAUGUCGAGAUGGAUCUUGCGGAGGCGAUGCGGAGCGUGACGACGAUUUGCUCGGCGGCGGAUGGGGAUGGGCGGGAGGAGAUUCGGGUUGUUACGCAGCGCGUGAGGGAGAGUGGGGAGGGGGAGAGCGAUGGGGAUGGUUUUGCGGUGGAGGAAGCAUGA